UAGAUAUCUAGAUUCUAGAUCCUAGGUCCUAGAUCUACUAUCAUCUAGAAUUCUAGAUAGUAGACUUUCUAUUUAACUUGACUAGAGAUCUAAAAAUUAACAGAAUGGCUGGUAGAGAAGUUGCUUGUGUUGUUAAUAGAUGUCAUCAAGCAUUGGAAAAUAAUAAAUUAGACUUGUCUUGCUGUCAACUAACCAGUGUGCCAGAUGCAAUAUUUCUACUACUGAGCAGCAUUGAACUCAAGUGCUGUACAUUCUCCCAGAAUCUUUUGAGAAAAAUACCAUCCAAGCUUGCAGUCAAAUUUAAUUUACUCAUAGAACUUGAUUUGAGUCAUAAUCAUUUGUCCUGUCUGCCAGAAGAACUAAAGCAUAUGGACUCUCUUUCAACAUUAGACAUAUCUCACAAUGAUUUCUCCACUCUCCCUUCAAUUAUAUAUAAGUUGGAUAGCCUCAAAAAAAUGAAUGCUGAAAAAAACAACAUUCAGGAGAUUGAUGUAACAAAGUUGAAGCUAUUGCCAAACCUUGUAGAAAUCAACAUGCAAGAGAAUCCUUUAACACAGGAUACUUAUACUCAUUUAUUAAAUUUAACAGAUAAAAUUACAGUUCUAGUCACACCUCUGGAUGCACAAGGAAGUGAAGUGAAUAUGACAAAGGAAUUAUGGCCACCAUCUGAAAAGGUUGAUGACUGAAUAUUUAUGUCACCUGUCAAUUUAAUUUCAAUUAUGGUGCUUUAUUUUACUGUGUAUAAUUAAACUUUUUUGGACUGCUAAGAUUACAAUCUUUAUCAUGUAAAUAGUGUGUGUGUGCAGAUGACUUUGCUUUUAAGUUGUAGUUUGAUUUGUUUUUUUUGUUGCUCUAAAUUUUGUAUUUAACAAACGAAUUUCACUUCACAAUCAUUUUGAUAUUUGAUAAAAGAGACAAAAAGGUUGUAUAAAACGACAAACAAUAUACCAGCUCAUAUACAACUAGAAGGAAAUGAGAAGGCUGACACACUCGCCAAGAGUGGGAGAACUAACUCACAGAUAAACUCUGCACUCUAUCCAGAAGAAUUGAAGAAAUUAAUUGUAAAUAAAAUAAAUGAGAAAUGGACGAUCUCUCAUCCAAAUCACAAGAAAGAUGACACUUACUAUAAGCUAUCCCAACAAGACCAACGUCUAAUCUUUCAACUCUGGACCAGACACAACAGAAUGCGACAACACAUGUACCGGAAGCUCAAAAUUGGAACCAGUGAAAUCUGCCCAUGUGGAGUAUCACCAGAGAAUGCCGACCACGUCCUCCAAAACUGCUCUCUUUACCAAGAGGUCCGUAUAAGACAUUGGCCCCAAAACACCCCAAUAGAAAGAAAACUAUAUGGAGAGCUCCCUGAUUUGGAAACCACUGCGCAGUUCAUCUCAUAUAUUGGUCUAGUCAUCUGAACACUCAAACAUAACAAUGAGAACGAAGAAAAAGAAGAAGAACAAACAAUACAAUUUUUAAGUUCAAAUAUCAAGUUAAAGGAUCAUUUUUAAAUACAGAUUUUAAAAAUACUCUUAUAUAUUUGAAGGAAUAAGAAAUAUAUAAAACUACAGAUGUUCACAUUAAAAUUUUACAAUGAUAAUGUUUUUUAUUUUUUUAAAAAUAAUAAUAAAAUCAAGGCCCCGAGUUAUUGCAAUCUCAAAUGUACAUAUAUUUGUUUUCGUCUCAGAUUUUUUAAAAUAUUUAAUGAUAAAUGUUUUGUUACAAUGAAUAAUUUUUUACUGCAUUUUUUAUUAAGAAAGUAAAAAAUGAUAAAAUACAAGAAACUAUAAUGGCUUUUAGCUUUAUAUGCUGUUUAUUUUGACUGGAACCUUUUGUUUGCAUCCUCCAUUGCAACAGCCCACAUUUUCAUGAAACCAUACAUCCCCAUGGUGCAAUGGAUUUGAUUAUAAUGCUUUUUAUUUUGACUGUUCCAUAAAACUCCACUUUAAUUUUUAUUAGAUGUUUGAUGCACUCAAUUUGCUUAAAGUUUGUAGAAAUAAUUUAUUUUUUUUUAUCUCUUGUUUCCUAGUGCUAUGUACAAAGUGUAUUUGUUUUAUUUCAAUUUGUGAUUGAUGAACUGUGAACACAAUGCAUUGAAUAUUAUCAAAUCUUCUCCUGUUUGCCAUAACCUUGCACUAUAAUACCAACAUUAUUAUUAAAAUAUAAUUUUGUUUAAAAGUAAAGGUAACCCUUUCACACUUUAUAUGGGCAGAUGAUGUAAAGUUCAUCUGUUUCUAUGGCCAUUGGUUAAGAAGGGUGUCGUGAGGCUAGUGCAAUGAUCAGCCCCAACAUAUGUCAGGUACCAAUUGAUUUGGGUGGAGGAUUGUUCUAAAGAUCCCAAUGUUCAAAAUUCCAGUCUGAGAUUUUAAUUUGAGACCCCUCGGUUUGGAAGCCAAGCAUUUUACCACUUGGCCACCAAGCUCCCAUCAACUUUUAAACUAUUAAGGAAAAAAAUGUUAUAAAAAAAACUAAGAUACAUGUAUUAACUGUACAUAAAGCUCAGAAUUAUAAAAUUGCUGGCUUGUGUCUAGACUAAUUAUCUCCAUAGCAACUAAUUUAAUGUGUGAUUUAGCAGAUUUUAUUUCUUGUUUUUGUUUAGUUUAUGUGAUAAUGUAAAUGUAUUCUAUACACCACUAAUGUAUUUAUUGAAUAGUGAGCUCAAUAUUUUAUUUAGCCAGAGUAUUUGAAAUAGAUUAUUAGUUGAGUAAAAGUAUUUCAAUGCAUCAACUUACUGGAAUGAGUAUAUUUCUAAGUAAAUAAUGAAAGGUUUACCAUAGAAAUAAAACAAAAUCUGAAUUGUA